AUGACGCAUCCUCAUUUAACUGCUGAACAAGUCGAAAAUUGGAAAGGCUUAAAAGGAAAUUUUACAUUAACACCAAAUUUUAUUGACCUUGUGCAAGGUAUAUGGAAUACAAUAUUAUGGUAUUAUGCGCCUCACAUGUGGAAAAAUUAUGUAUUUCCCGAUUCCUUUGUUGAUGAAAUCACGCGACAUUUUUAUUUUCCAAUAAAUCAAGUUUAUUACAUCAUUUAUAUUGCAAUUUUUAUAACAUUAAUAAGAUAUACAUUUGAAAGAUUUAUUUGCAAACCAUAUGUCAAUUGGCUUGAAUUAACAUCGACAAAUAAAAAGAAAUUUCCUGAAUCAGCGUGGAAAACUGUAUUCUACACAUGUACGUGGGCAUUUAAUGUCUAUUUAUUAACUUAUCGUUACGAUUAUUUUCAUCGUCCAUAUCUGAUUUGGGAUGAUUGGGCAUCUGGUAUGAAUGUUCCAUUUGAUAUUCAAGUAAUGUAUUUUGUUCAAUGUGGAUUCUAUUUGCAUUCCGUUUAUGCAACCCUCUAUAUGGAUUAUAAGCGUAAAGAUUUUUAUGCUAUGCUAAUUCAUCACGUAUUAACAAUGGCACUUAUCUUUGUUUCAUUUGCAACACGCUACCAUAAAGUUGGUUUACUAGUUCUUUUUGUACAUGACAUAACCGACAUUUGGCUUGAAAUAGCAAAAUCAUUGCAUUAUAUGUCGUUAAGAAAAGGUGGUCGAGAAUGUCCACGUUGGGAAACUGCUGCUAAUGGAUGUUUUGUUAUAUUUUUUUUAUCUUGGUUUUUAUUUCGUCUUUAUUGGUAUCCAUUAAAAGUUUUAUAUUCAACUGGAGUUGUUACUGCUUAUCAAGCCUAUGGUAGAGGUUGCGGUUUAUAUGGAUUUUUUAAUUCACUGUUGUGGAUUUUAUUGGGUCUUAAUAUAUAUUGGCUCUAUUUCAUUCUUCAACUUCUUAUUCGAGCAUUGAGAGGUACUUCAAAUGGACUACAAGAUACACGUGAGGAUGAAGAUGAUGAAGAAGAAGAAACAACUGUAACAUCGACUCCAGUAAAAAAAUCCGUCGAUAAUACCAUCAAGGAAACGAAGAAGAAGAAAUGA